ACCCAACUUUUCUGGAUCCGAUUGGAGAUUCUCCCUCUCUAUCAUCUCUGUCUCUCACACACACAAACACACACAUUCUCUCUGACUCAUUCGCAAUCAGGAAUCGAAUCGAUUGAUUCCAUGAAAAUGGCGGCCUUCUCACCAUUACCAUUUAUUUGGUUCUCAUCAACCCUUGUAAAGGAAGCUCGUGGGUCAGAAUCUUCACCACCAAAUCAUUUUCUCUCUCUACGGGGUUAGGGUUUUAACAUGUAUUGAUAGAUAGGUUGGGUUCAGUAAUAGUAGUAGAAAGAUUUUCAAUUAUUUAGUAAUUCAAAUGAAGCGCGCGUUCGUCGAAAUCUCGGACGAGGAAUGGGAAAAUCACUCUUUCGACCCGUCGCGGGUUCUCAAGACUUCGAAUAACCCGCCUCCUAUCGAAUCCUUCGCCUACGCUUCCGCCUCCACAAAACACGACAAUAACUCCGAUCACAGCACCGACGACGAUUCAGUCGUCGAUAUCACCGACACUUGCGUGCAAACUUUGGAAGAUGAAGACUACGAUGAUAGUGUGGGGGUGAGGGAAGUUCGGCCUGGCCGCAGAUUUGUGGUUGACGAGGAAAGCGAUGACGAUUUUGCCCAAGUGAUUGAAGUGAAAUCGACAGAGGAUGACAGUGAUCUAGGGUUUGAGGACGAAGAAGAGGAGCUGGAGCUUGUGGAGGAGGCUGAUGUUGUUGGAAAGGCUUUGCACAAGUGCGCAAAGAUAUCGGCAGAACUACGGAGAGAGUUGUACGGUUCAUCCACACCGGCUUGUCAUCGGUAUGCUGAAACUGAAGCAGCUUCUUCAAUGAGGAUGGUCACUGAGAAGGAUGUACGUGCAGCUUUUGGGGCAGAUGAUUCGGAUUUUCAGCCCGUUCUCAAACCAUACCAACUCGUUGGUGUCAACUUUCUUCUUCUUUUGAAUAGGAAGAGAAUUGGGGGAGCAAUAUUGGCAGAUGAGAUGGGUCUUGGCAAGACCAUUCAGGCUAUAACAUAUUUAACCUUGCUGAAUCAUUUGGACAAUGAUCCAGGUCCCCAUUUAGUAGUAUGUCCUGCUUCUGUUUUGGAAAACUGGGAAAGGGAGCUCAAAAAGUGGUGUCCGUCAUUUUCUGUGCUCCAAUAUCAUGGGGCUGGGCGAUCGGCUUAUUCGAAAGAGUUGAGCUCUUUAUCCAAGGCUGGAUUACCACCACCAUUUAAUGUUAUUCUUGUGUGUUACUCACUUUUUGAACGACACAGUGUGCAACAGAAAGAUGACCGCAAAACUUUGAAACGUUUGCCGUGGAGCUGUGUGCUUAUGGAUGAGGCUCAUGCUUUGAAGGAUAAAAACAGCUAUAGGUGGAAAAACCUAAUGUCUGUUGCACGGAAUGCAAAACAGCGUCUGAUGCUGACGGGGACACCACUACAGAAUGAUCUACAUGAGUUGUGGUCAUUGCUGGAGUUUAUGAUGCCUGAUAUUUUUGAAACUGGAGAUGUGGACUUGAAAAAGCAUUUAAAUGCAGAAGAUAGGGAUUUGAUUGCUCGUAUGAAGUCCAUUAUGGGACCCUUUAUUUUGAGGCGUUUAAAAUCAGAUGUAAUGCAGCAGCUAGUUCCAAAGAUACAGCGGGUUGAGUUUGUGAAGAUGGAAAAGAAACAGGAUGAUGCCUAUAAAGAAGCCAUUGAGGAGUAUCGUACAGUUACUCUGGCCCGUAUUUCAAAGGGUUUGGAUAUUGAUUCCAAUAAUGUUAUUGGCAUUCUUCCUCGGCGCCAAAUUUCCAAUUACUUUUUUCAGUUCCGCAAGAUUGCAAAUCAUCCUUUACUUGUGAGGCAUAUCUACUCUGAUGAGGAUGUUGUUUGUUUUGCUCAGAAGCUGCAUCCACAAGGUGUGUUUGGGUUUGAAUGUACCUUGGAUAGAGUAAUUGAGGAGCUUAAGAGUUACAAUGACUUCGCCAUUCACCGGCUUUUACUUUAUUAUGGUGUCACUGGUACAAAAGGAAUUCUUUCAAAUGAGCAUGUUAUGGUUUCGGCAAAAUGUCAGGUGUUAGGCAAACUUCUCCCUUCACUAAAGCAAGGUGGGCAUCGUGUUUUGAUUUUUAGCCAAUGGACGUCAAUGCUUGAUAUCUUGGAGUGGACUUUGGAGGUAAUUGGGGUUACUUACCGACGCCUUGAUGGAAGUACUCAGGUGGCAGACAGACAAACAAUAGUAGAUACAUUCAAUAACGACACUUCGAUAUUUGCAUGCUUGCUGUCCACGAGGGCGGGAGGGCAGGGUUUGAACUUGAUUGGAGCUGAUACAGUUGUCAUACAUGACAUGGAUUUUAACCCUCAGAUCGACCGACAAGCUGAAGAUCGCUGCCAUCGCAUUGGCCAAACAAAACCAGUUACUAUAUACAGGCUGGUGACCAAGGAUACGGUUGAUGAAAAUGUUUAUGAGAUUGCAAAACGGAAGCUAGUAUUGGAUGCAGCUGUGCUCGAAUCUGGCGUAGAAGUGGACAGUCGAGGUGACAUGUCUGACAAGACCAUGGGAGAGAUAUUGUCAAAACUGUUGCUGGGAUAAAUACCGAGUUAUUAUUAUUAUUAUUUUUUUUGUGACAUUUUUGGGCUGGGGGAAGAGUGUGGGGACAUGCAGCAGUUAUAUCUUUUGUCCUUUCAGUUGAAAGGCCAUUGUUGUACUAGUUAGGCUUAUUUCAGAAAAGUUUUGAUUGCAAUUGAUGGUAUAUGUAUCUGCAGUGUGGGCGUAAAUUAUUCUAGUUCAUGUACAAAAAAUGAAUUUCAAUAAGCGACAUUUAAAAUAGAUGCAUUUUAUUUUCAUGGUUUCUGAACUU